GCGAAUUGGGAGCAACAAAACCUUUUUCCUUCUCAUUUUAUAUAUUUUCAGAAUUAACUUUUCUGUUCAUGGUGUGGUUGGGUGUAGUAUGACUAGCGGUGCCAGAAACUCCGGUCUUGGAAGAGGGCGUGGAAGAGGUGGAAGCUCCCAUAGCCGGCCUCGCUCUGAAGAAUCACUUAGGACCUCGAUUGGCUCGCAUUCAGCACAAGGCGUUUUCAAUCGUGGCCCAUCUCCAGAUGUUACCUCACCGAACAGAAGAGGAGAUGCCGAUGGUUCCUUAUCUCGUAAUGGCGAAGAAGGUUCCAAUUCCCGUGCUGCCGCGGUGCCUAACCCGAACAACCCCUUGAUUACACCAAAGGAUAUGCUUUGCAAGCAAUUUGUGCUGACCAGAAUUAAGGAGAUAAUAAUGGGAAAUUUUCACGGGCCUUGGACUUCGUUUCAAAAUGCUUCGGAAGAGCAGCGAAAUCGAUGGUGGUUUUUGUUUACGAACUCAUACCGAUGGGAUCCUCGGCUCAACAUAAAGAUGAGGGAGCUGUUUGAGUCCCGGGGCUCUCAUUGGUUGAGUAAGAAGUUAACGAAGCAUAGAGGAAGCGAUGUGAAGCCAGCCUUGAAGCCAGAUUGGGUUGCGGAUAAUUAUUGGCUGACAAUGACAGUAUAUUGGGCCAGUGACGAGUUUAAGAAGAGGAGUACUGUUGGAAGUAAAAAUAGGAAUACGCCUGCUGCUAUCCAGUCUCAGUACAGAGGUGGUAGAAGUUGUGUGGAUGCACAUGCUGAAAAAUUGGCCGUGGAGUUGAAUCGGGAUCCGCUCUCUAUUGAAGUUUAUGAAAAGUGCUAUGUCCCCAAGACGGGUGAUCCGCCGCCUCGUGUUCAAGAAGUUCUUAGAAAGUACAAUGACCUGAAGGAGCAAGCUGCCAGUCAAUCGGAUAGUCAAAUAUCCGCAGUCGAAGACAAUGAUCUGUUUUUGAAAGCCACGCCAAAGUACAAGAGCCGCCGGUUCGGGCAUGGCAGUCGGGCUAAAACUACAGUGCUGGAAUCAUCCUCGGUGAUCGGCCCUUCUGGUCCUACUCCUGAAGAAGUUGAAGCAAUUCAACAGAAAUUGCAGGCCCAAAAUGAUAAAAUACUUCAACAAGAAAAAAAACAGCAGGAACAAGAUGCUCAAAUGGCUGCUAUGUCGGGUUGCUUUUCUGCUAUUUUACAGCAGUUAAAAACUACUAACCCCAACAUAGUGAUACCCGAGUUUCCCUUCCAGACUCAGCCAACCCCGACUCAGCCAGCCCCGACUCAGCCAGCCCCGACUCAGCCAACCCCGACUCAGCCAGCCCCGACUCAGCCAGGUGAAAUGAAUGUUGAUGAGUUUUUCGCUGAUGAGUUUCCCACUCUUAAUGGUCUGUAAUGUUAAUACCUCCCUCCCAAUGAUUUGAAAUUUAGUACCUCCUUCCCAAACACUUAUUUUUGCUGUUUUUUCUGGAUUUAUUGGGGAGAUCGUGAUGGAUACUAAUAUUCAAUGUUGAUGAUUUC